AAAUCACCUCAGUCAAUGUUUGAUAACGCCUCGUACCUAAUUCAAGCGCGUAAAAUCCGUCGAACCUCGGAGUUUUCAUGGUUUUCAGUGUAAGAUGAACUGCAUGUGCAUUCAGUGAUUCAAUUACUUCCCUGAACUAAAGUAAUCGCGUUCCUGUCAUUAGUUAUUCUGGUCCGUCAUGUGCACAAUGACCACCUAAUUUUUGAGUGUCAAGUUGAGUGCGGCACUGAACUCUCCACUUAAGGUUUUGGAUAAUCAUUAUUUCUGGUGCAAGUUUGUGAUGGCUGCGUUCGGAAUCUAGGCAUCCGCUCUGCGGAUCGGGGACGGACCCCGGUAUUUCCAUCUCUCGGAACCGAAGUCCCCGGGCGGCUCAGGAUGACGCCUUGGGCGAUAGCGCAGAAAUGUUUCCUCUUCGGGUUUGGCACCAUCUUCCUCCUGGGAGGAGCCCUCCUCAGCGGCUUCUGGCCCUCCAUCUACCGUACCGUCAUCGAGCCGCAACUGAUGUUGAGAAAUGACACGCGAACGUUCGCCAUGUGGAGAGAACCACCAGUACCAAUUUACAUGGACUUCUAUCUCUUCCAUUGGGCAAAUCCAGAGAGGACUUUAGAUGGUACUGAAAAACCAAAAUUUGUCGAAAAAGGACCAUAUGUUUUCCGAGAGUAUCACAAGAAAGAAAAUAUAACAUGGAAUGAGAAUAGUACCGUCACUUUCAUGCAAGUUCGCAAAUGGAUUUUCAUGAAGAAUUUAACAAGGACUAAUUUAUCAUUGGACGACACAAUAACAUCUGUCAACCCAAUAUUUUUUACUGUGGCCUCUCUUUUAAAAAGUAAAGACUUAUCAUUAAUCAAGCGUCUUGCAAUAGAAGCUGCUCUCCGAGCUAUUCAAACAAAACCGUACGUCAGCAAGUCUGUGCGGCAGCUGCUUUACGAAGGGUAUGAUGACCCGUUGUUGGCCGCUUUGGACAAGUUGCCGCAAAAGAUCUUUCCUCAUCCAGCCAUGGCGAAGAGAUUUGGUUGGUUCUACCCACAUAACAUGUCAUCAGAAUUUGAUGGCAUUUGCAAUGUAGGUACUGGAGUGGACAGUCUAAAAAAUCUAGGCGUUCUGAACUCAUGGAAUUAUAAUAGCAGGACUGAAUUUUUUGAGGGAAAAUGUGGCGAAGUGAAAGGCACGACAGGAGAUAUAUGGCCUCCCAGCUCUGCAAAGGAAAACAAUGUCACAUUAUAUGCAUCUGAUUUGUGCAGUUCUUUGGUUCUUCAAAAAAAUGGAAGAAUGUCAAUGGAUGGGUUAGAUGGUACGACUUUUGUUGGCGCAGAAAAUGUUUUUGACAAUGGAACACUGUUUCCUGAGAAUAAGUGCUACCUAGCCAAUGGCACACAAUUGCGGAAAGGUGUAAGGAGUUUGUCUUCAUGCAGAUUUGGUGCUCCAAUCCUCAUAUCAUUCCCCCAUUUCUAUCUUGCGGACGAAUUCUAUGCUAAAGCUAUUGAUGGUGUUUCUCCAUCAGUAGAAAAUCAUCAGUUCAAAAUUUCUCUUGAAAAGAAUACCGGCAUCCCAUUGAUUGUAAAUGCCCGUCUUCAAAUAAAUGUUCAAUCUAGUCCAACUCCAGGCUAUGGAAUCUUCGAUAAGUUACCAGAAAUUACUCUCCCAGCACUCUGGUUUGAUCAGCACAUGCUAGUAACGCGAGAACUUGCCGAUGGUAUCUGGAUCGUCUCAGUCAUGCCUGCAUACAUAGUGUACGGUCUCAUUGCUGUGUCAAUGCUGGGUGCCGUUCUUAUCAUUUAUGGGAUUCUCCUCGUCAGGCGAGAUUGCAAGAGCUCCCCAGAUUCUGCAGAACUCCUCAAGGACACUGAUGAGCCUGCCAUUACCUCAGCCCCUACUGAAAGCCCAGUCUCAAAUCAGUGAAUCGCUCUACUUCCGAAUUUCAGUGGAGGUUUUAGACGAUUUGCCAACCAUCAUUUGAGAAUACUGCACUGUUUUUCUUCAUCAGAGCCUUCCAUAAAGUGGAAUCCUGUGCCUUUCCUGUGGUUCUCGACUCAAGAUGUUUUAAUUUCAUUAGCACUUUUAAAGCAUGUCUCUGUGCAUGAUUGAGAUUUCUUGCAUAGUUUACACUAAACCUGCAAUUUUUCUCAUUCAAACAUCAUUUCUCAUACAUCCUGGUGCCAUACAUUACCUAGAUGUGAACUCCAAAAGAGUUUGUUGUCGCAAUUAAAGAGUUGCACAUCCAGAAUCAUCACAUGUAUCCAUGUUUAAAAUUUUGUAUUAUUAAGAAAGUAGAAUCAUUCAUGGUGAAACAAACGAAUUUAGUCAUAGUUUUUAAGUUGUUACGUAGUUAAAAUGUUGAUGGCCGAAGUGCAAAACCAGUUGUGACAAUGUAGACUUCCCAUUGUACUGUAUUUUUUUCUUUCGAAAACCAGAGAACGCUAUUUCUUAGAGACUCUCUUGAAUUUUUUCCUCUAUACACAGAAUACUCUGUAUGAGUUUCAAGCUGUAAAGUUGACUUGUCUCCCCAAAAAAAUAACCAAGGAUCGGAAAUUUUGAAACAUUGGAAAAGAAACAUGUAGUUUUGACUUUGGUCAUUGAUGUCCCGAUGUGGAUUGCAAAAAUCAAGAGACUCUCACAGAUAUGAGCCUAAAGAAUGUACAUUAACCCAUUCAACUACAUUACAAACUACUUUACUGUGUUAGCUUCCCCUCCUUUUGUAUCAAAAGGUACUACUAAAAUGACGACUACUACUCUUACUACUAAAUCUACUCCAAAAAUGAUUGACCAGCUGAAUCAAGCCGGAACUUUCGUAGAUUUUUUCAGAAAUUUUCAUCUACCCAUAUAAAGUCCAUUCUGGGUAGAUAUUUCAACUUGUAGAACUUUGAAGAAAUGAUCAAUUUGAAUAAAUAUAAUUUUCUUCUCUAGGACGAUCAGUUGAUGUGCCAAAUUUUUCAUAGCUUCUUCAUCAACACGAAAGUGGACCCAUUCCAUAUCAAUAGUUUUUAAACCGUAACUCACUAACUGCUGCCAUCAAUUGUUCAAAAUGAAAAUCUUAGUCUCUAAUUAAUUUUUGCUUAAUUAUUUGCCCUCAUCAUACUCUACAGGAUAUUUUAAUUCUUUGACCCUGUAGAUUGGGCCACAUGUAUUUUGUUACCCAAAGAUUACGUAUUAGUACAUACCCAUUCUUCAUAUUAUGUCUAGAGUAUUUUAUGAAGGUACAACUCUCGAGGUAUAACUCUCGAUUAAACUCUUCACAGAAGUUUAUGCCUGCGAAAUUUCUGGAAAUUAUAUUGUAAAAAUUCUUUUUCACUGCUUUGAUAUUCUUUGUAAUUUAAGUAAUAUUUGUAUGGUCAUGUUUAAAUUUUUCUAAAUCCGUUCACUUGAAUUUGUAUUUUUCUUAUCAAAUCUGCACUUAAUCGUAAUUUUUUAGGAUAUUAUAAGGAUAGCUGGUCUAACUCAAGUUUACACAGAUUGAAUGAAAUGAAAUCGUACAGGGUGAGGAAGUCAUGUCAGACAACAUUCAGUGAAAAGAGGCUAUUUAACACCAGUUCAGAUAAUGAUGCAUUUGCAUUUGAACAAAAUCUUAUAUUGUGAAGUAUUUUGGGUAAAUGUUAUUCAGUCUAUCGUUCUUGGUUUUUGCCCAUCAUGAUUGUCUUUACCAUGCAAUGUUACAAAUCUUUGCAUGUAUUUUGAAGUAAAUUAAAGACAUUUUUCCCUGGAAAAUUUUAGAAACUGAAAUAUUGAAUAGAAAAUAAAAUGACUUCAAUGUGAGUACUUGAGUCUCUUCAAGCCUCAAGGCAACCAACAUAUUUUAAACUAUUUUUAUGGCAUGAUAUUUUAUUAUGGCCUCUAUCAUCAUAGCCCCUUGAUUGUAAGAAUGGAGAAAUAAAUGAGAAGAUUUCAAGACAGUAAAUCAUUUUGAUAGUGCCCUAGAUAGUGUGGAUAUGAAAAUCAAGGAGUGCAUUUGUCGAAAGCUGCUAGAAAAUUACAGAAGCUGCAGUAAUUACACUGAUUUAUAGGGAGUCAGUUUCAGGAACAUUUUUCUAACAAAAUUAAAGCAGAGUAAAAGCCUGCAAAGUAUAGUAAUUAAAGCCUGUGUACAAAUGUCUUCCUAAGAUGUAUAAGUCAACGAAAAUAUUCACGGGCUUUCUCUUUUGAAUUGUGAUCACAAUUGAGAUCUCUCUUGUUCUAGCCGUUGUAACUUCCAUGUCAGUCUUGCCUUUUGGUAGUGUUUAGUUCAGAGAUGAUGAAGGUCUGUGUCAUCAAGGCCUAUGAUACUGAACCUAAGCGCUCUGCCAAAUGUUUGUAGCUCUCUUUAGUUUUAAUAUUUUUUUUUAUUUAUAAUUCUGUUGACCGCCAAUUUUUUUCAUGUUUCAUGAAGCUCUAUUUUUGAGGUUUAAAAAACUUAGAAUAGUACAGAAAUUGAACUGAUAUUUUAUAAGCACCAAAAUCCAAGUUUUGAGAAAAUAGGG